CUCGCAGAGGCGCAAAAGUAGCAGCCCUGCUUUGGGAGCCCAGAGGAGGAGGAGAGCUCCGGGGCGCUCAGGACGCGCGGGAGAAUCUUUCCCAGAGCUUUCUGCCUAGGGAAGGGCUCAGCUUUCCAACGCGCAUCCGAGCAUUUCAGCUCAUCCAGAACCAAGUGACGGGGCAAUUAGAGAGAAGGUGCUUGCUGGCAUUUUCAGUCCUAAAAAGUGAGCCUGCUACUUGAUUUGCAAAGGCAGAAAUACUCACGGCCGCGGCCGCAGCAGCAAGAAUAAGAAAGGCGAAAUUGAUUAAGGACUGGCUCCUUUCUGAGUCUCCCGACUGGCAUGGCAUCUGUCCUGGGGAGCGGCAGAGGAUCUGGAGGGCUAAGCAGUCAACUCAAAUGCAAGUCCAAGAGGAGAAGGCGGAGGAGGUCCAAGAGGAAAGACAAAGUAAGCAUAUUGUCAACCUUCCUCGCUCCCUUCAAGUACCUAAGUCCUGGCACCACAAACACGGAGGAUGAAGACAAUCUAAGUACCAGCAGUGCUGAAGUGAAGGAAAACCGAAACGUGAGCAACCUGGGGACUAGGCCCCUACCCCCUGGAGACUGGGCCAGAGGCAGCACGCCCAGCAUUAAAAGGAAAAGGCCACUGGAGGAAGGAAAUGCAGGGCAUUUCUGCAAACUCCAGCUGAUCUGGAAGAAGCUCUCCUGGUCUAUGACACCCAAGAAUGCGCUGGUCCAGCUGCAUGAGCUGAAGCCAGGUCUGCAGUACCGGAUGGUGUCACAAACGGGCCCAGUACACGCCCCAGUCUUUGCGGUGGCUGUAGAAGUGAACGGGCUCACGUUUGAAGGCACGGGGCCCACUAAGAAGAAAGCCAAGAUGCGGGCAGCCGAGAUGGCCCUGAAGUCCUUCGUGCAGUUCCCCAAUGCAUUCCAGGCCCACCUGGCCAUGGGCACUAGUACCAGUUCAUGCACUGACUUCACCUCUGACCAGGCCGACUUCCCAGACACGUUGUUCAAGGAGUUUGAACCAUCCUCAAGAAAUGAGGACUUCCCAGGCUGUGGUCCCGUCGACACUGAAUUUCUGUCCUCUGCCUACCGGCGAGGACGGCUACUCUACCACACACUGGACCUCAUGGGCCAGGCUCUGCCUGACAGGUCCAGGCUGGCCCCCGGGGCCCUGGGUGAGAGGAACCCUGUAGUGGUGCUGAAUGAGUUACGCUCAGGUCUGCGGUAUGUGUGCCUCUCGGAAACAGCCGAGAAGCCCCGAGUCAAGAGUUUUGUCAUGGCUGUGUGCGUGGACGGGAGGACGUUCGAAGGCUCUGGACGCAGCAAGAAGCUGGCCAAGGGCCAGGCAGCACAAGCUGCCUUACAGGCCCUCUUCGAUAUCCGGCUGCCUGGCCACACACCCAGCAGAAGUAAAAGCAACCUUUUGCCACAGGAUUUUGCAGACUCUGUGUCCCAGCUGGUCACACAGAAGUUCCGUGAACUGACAGUCGGCCUGACAUCUGUAUAUGCCCGCCACAAAACACUGGCAGGAAUCGUCAUGACAAAAGGCUUGGACACCAAACAAGCGCAGGUCAUCGUCCUCUCCUCUGGGACCAAGUGUAUCAGCGGCGAGCACAUCAGUGACCAGGGGCUCGUUGUCAACGACUGCCAUGCUGAAAUUGUGGCCAGGCGGGCAUUUCUUCACUUCCUCUACACUCAGCUGGAGCUGCACUUGAGCAAACACCGAGAGGACUCCGAGAGAUCAAUAUUCAUUCGUUUAAAGGAAGGAGGCUACAGGCUUCGAGAAAACAUCCUCUUCCAUCUCUAUGUGAGCACGUCCCCCUGCGGAGAUGCCAGACUCAACUCUCCCUACGAAAUCACAACAGAUUUGAACAGCAGCAAACACAUCGUCAGGAAGUUCCGAGGCCACCUGCGCACCAAGAUUGAGUCUGGGGAAGGGACAGUCCCUGUCCGGGGCCCCAGUGCAGUCCAGACAUGGGAUGGCAUCCUGCUGGGGGAGCAGCUAGUCACCAUGUCCUGCACAGACAAGAUUGCCAGCUGGAAUGUGCUGGGACUACAAGGUGCUCUCCUCUGUCACUUCAUCGAGCCCGUGUACCUCCACAGCAUCAUUGUGGGAAGCCUGCACCACACGGGCCACCUUGCACGGGUCAUGAGCCACAGGAUGGAGGGCAUCGGCCAGCUGCCUGCCUCAUACCGGCAAAACAGGCCUCUCCUUAGUGGCGUGAGUAACACCGAGGCACGGCAGCCAGGGAAGUCUCCCCAUUUCAGUGCCAACUGGAUCGUGGGCAGUGCUGACCUGGAGAUCAUUAACGCCACCACUGGGAAGAGGAGCUGUGGAGGCUCAUCCCGGCUCUGCAAGCACGUGUUUUCUGCUCGGUGGGCACGGCUGCAUGGUAGGCUAAGCACACGGAUCCCCGGCCAAGGAGAAACACCGUCCAUGUACUGUGAGGCCAAGCUGGGGGCUCACACCUACCAAUCUGUUAAACAGCAGCUCUUCAAGGCUUUUCAGAGAGCUGGUCUUGGUACCUGGGUGAGAAAACCACCAGAGCAAGAUCAGUUUCUACUAAGUCUCUAAGUCAUUAGACUCCUUUGCUAUUGGACCAGAGUGGAAUGUCUGGAGGGGAUGCAGCCGUAUGAUGGUGUGGUAUAUCCAUCAGUUUUUGACAUUUAUUCUCCUUCAGUGUUCAGAAACACACAUGUCCAUGUUUGGAUGGGAGACUAGAUUUGAGUUUUGGUCAUGCUAUUUCCCCCUGGGUUGUUAGUUACAAGAACUCUGUCCACAAAGAUAGAGAUAGAACCACUAUUGCAUCAGCCCCAUCCCUUACUGGGUGUCAAAAGGAAAUAAUCUGUUUUGGACAAGAAGAGCUUAGAGGCAAUAUUGAAACGUGGUACUUGAGUGUAGCCUCAUGCAUCAUCCUCUGUGCUUCCUUCCCUUCCCAUGGGCCUCUCUCAUGGUGUGAUUGAGUCUCACCAGCACAAGUUUAUAUGACUUCAAAAUAAGUCACAGGUGAGAAGAAAAGCCAUGGGCUCCCCAACUCCAAAGAACCCAACAGGAAUGCUGUAUUGUCUUCAUUAUUCAUUCAGGCCUUUCCACUUUCUAUCAAAAAGGACUUGAGAUGGACACUGUUAAAGAGCAACUCAAGUAAAUAAAACAAACCAUGUUUAUGACAGGAAGGGAUAGACACCUGAGACACAAAAGAGUCAUGAUCUGUGAUGCAAGAAAACUGCUUUUAAACUGCCCAAUGGUAGAAUGUUUCAAACAAGCCUAGGCCGAUUGACUUGAUCACAAUCUUUUCAUUGCUUUUCAUAGAUAAUGGCAGUCAUGGGAGAGAGAACUGCAGAAUGCUUAACUACUACCCAAUAAUAGCAGAUAAAGUAAUGAAACUGACUCUUAGAUCAAAUUCUGAAUUUUAAAUGAAUUUUUAUUAUAAAGAAAGCAUACACAUAAAACAUUCAACAAAAUCUUUAGGUUUGAGGAGCUACUCGAUCUCUAUCAUUUUUAGGUUCCUUAAUCAUCAUCUUGCAUGAAUAAAAUAAUAAUAAUUAUAAAAAUAAUAAUGAUGACUUACCAUAGCUGCCAAAUUUAAAGAAACAGAGUUAUACCAUGUAUAGAAUGGGUAUCAAAGUUCGUGGCUACAUAUAAAUCUUUUUAUUAUUUAGCCUAUAUCAUGAUCCCUAAAAGGAGAAGACCCAGGCAAAGAGAGGCAUGUCACUAACAUAUUUUUAGUCAACCCAUGUUCCUUUAAUUAAUUUUUUCCACUUGGAACUCAUUUCAACAUUCAUCAAGCUAUUUAACAUGUGCAUAAUCUUUUUGUUUGUUUGUUUAAACAAAUCCCAUCUGAUGGGCUGUAGAGAUGGCUCAGCAGUUAAGAGCACUUGGUGCUCCUAGAGAGGACUCUGGUUCAUUUCCCAGCACCCACUGGCAGCUUACAACCAUCCAUAACUCCAGUUCCAGUGGUUACAAUACCCUCUUCUGGCCUCGGAGGGCUCCAUGCACCCAUGCAGUACACUUAUAUACAUGUGGGCAAACUAUCAUACACAUAAAAUAAAAAUAAAUAAUCCCUUUUUAAUUCCAUCUGAAAUACAUUAUUGGUUUUUUGUUUAGUUUUUAAAAGUAUAGGAGGAGCCACUUCUAGAAUAUGGGAUUCCUGGUUAGAAUUCCAGCUUAUCAAUCCUCAAUAAAAAUUCAACCAUUACAUCAUGAUGUAUAUAUUCUAACAUAUAUUGCAGACAUCACAAGAAUGAGGUAAAAACAUGAAAUAUAUUGAACUGCAGUUAUCUGAUGCAAUAAAAAGAAGAGUGGAGAUAUUAAGUCCUUGGAUUUAAUAUGAGACCACAUUUAUCACUAAAGUUCUUUGAGGAAAGAAUAUGAGCACCAUUGUAAAAACAUUUUCAAGAUAAACUUUCAAAGACAUGCAAGUAUUUUUGCAAAUAAAUGGUUAAUAUUAAUCUUUCAUAAAUUCUGAGGAAAAUGGAAUCUUCAUUCAGUGUAAAGGCUACGAUCAAAGAGCCAGCUUGUAGUAAUCUCUGAUAACUUGACAUAUAACUAGGAGGAAGCUUAGAGACCCAAGAAACCUUGAGAGCUGAGUUGUGGCUUCUAUGUUGUCUUUCCACUGUUAGGUACAGUUACUUCCUGGCUGAAAUCUAAGACCUCCCUCAAACCAUUUGUAUUUUGAGGGGUGGAAUGGAGAAUGCACAGCACUUCACAUCAGUGUGAUCCAAACAGUGUUAUAAAAACAUUGGCAUUAACUUCAGGGUCUUAAAUGUUUCCAUCAUGUGAUGGAAAGAGGAAGAACUGGCCACCUUUCAAGUAUUCUCAAUAAAUACCGCCACGUUGGCCUAUGCAAAAGACACAGAAAGCAGUUGCUUACCCUACAGUGAACACCAUCAUGUGCAUAAAUUGCAGGUCUAGGGAUUCAUGGUGUGUAAGGUACUAUUUUUCCAGAAACGACCCAUACUUUCCUAAAGAUGACUAUGUCUUGAAAAAAAAAAAAAAAGCCACCCAUCGAAUUCAUUCUGCCUGUUAGCACUAACAUAGAGAUUCUCUUAUUUACUUUAAUUGUGUAUGCAUGGAGGGUAUGUGCAUAUGUACAUGUGUGUGCAGGUGCCUGUGGGAGGCUGAGGAGGGUGUCAGAGCUGCUGCAGCUAGAAGUUUCUAUAAGAAUGAAACACAAAUAGGUCAUAUUUAUCUUUUAGUCACCCUGAAAACAAAUACAAUCAAACAAAUCAAAAAGAAUAUGGGUAGACUAUAAAGAGGACAGGCAGGUAUCUCAGCCACCUUGGUUGUUCCUUAUCCACCUGAUUUAUCUCAAAACUACCCUGUAUCUCUUUGAUCUUUACACCCUUUGUUUUCAAAUCUUCUGUCUUCUGUAUUCACACCCAUUGAGUCUCACCUCUAAAGUCCAAAUAGAAGGAAGUCGGCAUCAUCUUUAUCUGCCUCCAAAACACAUUGCUUUCCUAUUGGGGAGAUAAGCAACUUAAGGUUCCCUGCCUGGUUCUCAGUCAAAAAGCCAGUGUCUAUUCAUUUGUGAACCUUUCCACAGGACUGAGCCCCAUGGUAAAGUCCACGAGGGCACAGAAGCACUGCUCAUCCACCUCCAGCAAAAAGAUUUCACAACAAUGUAUAAUAUCAAGUUAUUGAAUUUAGGAUUUCUUUGGAUUUUGUUUUUUUGCCAAGUAAAAGAUUUGCAAGUCCCUGACAAUCGCUUCUUUUUGAUUUCUGUGAUCCUCUUUGAACCUGUAUAUAUCACUAUUAAUUUUGUGAUGUCUAGUUGUCUCUCACAAAUGUCAGGCUAAGUUACUUUUCCAAAAGAUGCAUAGCUCAUGUUUUUUCCAUAUAGUUUCCUUUUCAUAGGACGGUUCUUACCAAUAAAUUUUGCUUUUUGUAUAGUAUUUACCAUAUUUGAUGAGCCAUAAAUAGUAAAUACAUAGUAUAUCAAUGCCCAGAAUAGAAUAGUGGCAGUAUUUUAAUGAAAUCCUAUUUUUAGAUUAUAAAUUUCAAGAUGAGUCUAUAGUAUCUUGUUUAAAAAAUUUAAAAAGACAAUUGAAAUUUAAAUAUAGUAGACAUUUUUUUAUUUAGGGAAACUUCUAUGAUAAUUUUUAAGAAGCCAUUCUAAUAAAAUGACCUAAUUGGCCCAAAAGAUAAUAAAUAUUACUUUCUAGUAGCAACCAAAGGAAAUUUAGAAAAUUUCUUUCUUUUUAUGUACUACCAGUUGACUGCUGUGACCACCUUUUCUGGCCAAAGUCUCAGCAAAACCUGUUUCUCCAUCACUCUUAUCUAGGACAGUUUUCAGAAUCAACAGUCUUGUGUAGGACUAAGAGAUCUACUAUACUAAACAUUUUGAAGAACUACCCCAGCUUUAGAUGGUUGCAGUUCAUGAGGGAGUAAAGAAUUCAAAGUGCUGCCUCAGGAAAGGAUAUAACACCAAGAGUCAAUUCUUACUUGGGGCGAGGGGUGGGGGAAGGGGGCAGUGAUGUAAUGUUAGGGAUGACAUGGAGGUUUCAGUGGGGACUGGGGUACUUCUAUGGAGGGCUUGGAAAGGGUUGGGCCCUGGGCGCUGUCCAUGGUUCUGACUCGUAGUUAAACAUGGAAACACAACUAUUUCUGGGAACACUAGGGUAUCAGUAGCUCUUCUCAAACUUCUUUCACUAAGUUUGAAUCAGAUAAGUGAUGAUGGAGAAAUAAGGAAAUAGAAACAAAAGGACAUAGAUGGAGGCCACCAGAGAGAUGUCAUGGAGAGCAGAGCAUUAUCCCACAUAGUUUCUUCAAUCCCAAAUCUAGGGAACCAGAAUAUAGAGUUGUUCAUUUUCCCAGCAAUUCUACUUUAGAUUCUUUUCUCAUCCCCCCUCACCACAUUCCUGCAGUCUGUGCUUCCCUCCUACUAACCUUCUGCUCUUUGUUCUGGUCCCCUGGUGCACCUUAGAGGAGUGAAGUAGCAGGCAGAUUGCUGUUCACAGUCAGGAAGCUCCCUAUGUCUUCAUGUGAUAGCAUGACUACAGGGAUUUACAACCAUCAUUCUGGACUCCCAGAGCAUGUCCAUUUCAGCUGACCUCCACCCAAAAGAAUCACAGAUAACCACAUCUCAAGAAAUUUAAACCAAAUGAUAGCAUCCCUGCAGGGAAAUGUAUAGUAUCAAAACCUGGAGAAAAUACCACCUUAUUUCCCAACUCAUCCUUUUUUAAAAGGUUUGGAGAGACGAUGCACCCUUUUAAAAAUAAAUACAAAAUUAUCUGAAUUCUAGUGCCUCUUUCACAUGGGCACCUGAUUUCUAUCACCUGGAAGUCUGUGAAAUCAAUUUAAUUAAAUCUUUCCCAGAGGUGCCCAGCUAAUUUUCAGCACUUUUUAAGUAAAAUGGACUUAAAAACUAGUCAUUCUUAGUUGAAGGUAUGUACAUAAAAAAAAGCAUGAUCGAAUGGCAAUAUUGUAUCAAUGAAUGUAUAUUUGUAAUAUUUGUAAAAUAAAAUCCAAAACCUUACAAUAUGAAUUUACAUAUGUUAAUUUGCCUCUUCUGAGUUCUGUAAAUUGCACUUUGGUGAUACCUGAUAAGUGAAUGUUUCUCUUAAGUGAAUAAAAAUAUCAAGUAAA